UGACCGAAAGGGUUUAUUGUUUCGCGUUCGGUACCUGCGUUAGCGGUGGAUGUGCGGAUUGCGAAACAAACAAUGAGAUUUUUCAUUGCUGAUUUUUCUGCUUUCAGAGCUAUAGCCGUGGUCAGGGUCAUGUUUGUGUUUGGAAGCGAGAUUGCCACUGCGGGACUUGGUUGGAGCGAUGGUCGUGUGAUCGCGGCUAAGAUAGAGUUGUGGAGGGGGGGGGCAUGCGUAUUAGGGAUUUUGUGGCUUGGGAUCGUGGGAUAGACGAGCGCGUGUGGGAAGGAUUGCGAGGCGAGGAAUUAGGGAGUCUUUAGAGGGGGGGUGCCUUGGCUGAAAGAAGAGCAAUUUGCGGCGGGUCUAGGGAGGCGCGGAUAAGUAAAAGGGGAUGAGGCAUCCGUAUAAGAUGUGUGGUAUAGGCCGGGUAAGUGUGGAGUUUGUUGUAAGAUCGAAACUUUUACACACUUGGGUACAUAUGGGAACGAGGCGUUUCGCGUACUUGGUGGCUUUUCGGAGGAACACUGUUUCCUGCUGAAUCGAAGGAAAAGAUUUGCCAAUGACAAAAGUCAAGGCCGUGUUCCACUCCGAUGCGGUCUUGUAAACAAUCAGACUUCAAAGCAUCCGAUUGGUGCUGUAUUUAUGCACAUCAAUUACACAAUCUAGUAGUUCAGCAGCGCACAG